CAGAUAAAUGGGGACGGCGACGGCGUCAGCAAUGAGCGGUAACCUUCACAGCGUUUUCGUGUACGGAAGCCUACUUGCAGACGACGUCGUUCGUAUUCUUCUUAAACGCGUUCCUCAGUCUUCCUCUGCCAUCCUCAACAAUUAUCACAGAUUUAGCAUAAAAGGGCGUGUGUAUCCAGCUAUUCUACCUCUCGAGAAUCACAAAGUCACUGGCAGGGUGCUGCUGGGAAUCACGGAUCCUGAAUUGGAUAGUUUAGAUAUAUUUGAAGAUUUUGAGUACGAAAGGACCUCUGUUGAUGUUUGUUUGACGGACACUCCUGACAACUCCUUACAAGCUCAGGCUUACGUCUGGACCAACAAAAACGAUCCUAAUCUCUAUGGAGAUUGGAAUUUUGAGGAAUGGCGAGGACUACACAUGGAAGAUUUUAUGAAGAUGACAGCUGGUUUUGUUGAAGAACUGGAGCUUCCUGAAUCAAAGCCAAGAGUAGCCACAUAUGAAUCCUACUAUAACCAGAAUGAUAUUAAUCCUUAAAAUCUCUUAGAUUCUUCCCCCACGCCAACCUCUCCUAAAAUAAUGCCCUCCAUUUAGUCACAGUGGUUUAUCUGUU